CCCCACCUUCGAUGUAAGUGUGGUCGUUUAGACACGGCAUGAAAUUUUUAUUAAAGAAAUAGAUUCCGAGGUCGUCAGUUGCGCCCUACGAAUUCUGACUCAUGGGCAGGGACUACCUAGGAAUGAUAAAUAAGGAUUCUAAGCUCUGGGAAACAAAGAACCUUAAAAGACCCUUCCUUCACUUCUUAUUAUUUUUUCCCAAUUAACAAUUGGCAAUCGUGACACUUCCUCUUCGUCUCAAUCUACGUGCUUCAAGCUUUUGCAUCGUACCUUCGAAUCCUUCAAAUCCUCAUCACAAGCCAUAAACCCCCAAGUCUCAAGCCUCAAAGCCUCAAACCCCGCGUUGUGCAUCGACCAUGCCGAUGCUCAAGGAUCCCUCCAAAAAGUAUAAGAAAUUUCAACCUCUUAACUUACCGAAUCGCCAAUGGCCUUCUAAAUCAGUUGAUAAACCCCCAAGAUGGCUGGCAACCGACUUGAGAGAUGGCAACCAGAGCUUGGUUGACCCAAUGAACGGCGACGAAAAAUGGCGAUUUUUCAAGAUGCUGGUCGACCUUGGCUACAAGGAGAUUGAAGUAUCAUUCCCUUCCGCGUCGCAAACCGAUUUCGACUUCACGAGGCGCUUAGUCGAAACACCUGGCGCUGUACCUGACGAUGUCUGGUUACAAGUCCUUGCGCCGUGCCGUGAAGACCUCAUCCGCCGCACCGUUGAUUCCCUCAAGGGUACCAAGAAGGCCAUCCUACACAUCUACCUAGCGACAAGCGAAUGUUUCCGGCGCAUUGUAUUCGGCUUCACCGAAGAAGAAAGUCUGGAGAGAGCAGUAGCGUGUGCUAAGUAUGCUCGGUCUAUCACCAAAGACGACCCUGAACAAGCUGGUACAGAAUGGGCUUUCGAAUUCAGCCCUGAGACCUUCUCAGACAGCAGCCCCGAAUUCGUCAUUAGAGUAUGUGAGGCCGUCAAAGCUGCGUGGGAACCUACGGUCGAGAACCCUAUUAUAUUCAACCUUCCCGCGACGGUCGAAAUGUCGACGCCAAAUGUCUACGCGGACCAGAUCGAGUACUUCUGUACCCACAUCUCCGAAAGGGAGAAGAUCUGUGUCUCGCUCCACCCACAUAAUGACAGAGGAUGCGCCGUUGCGGCUGCUGAGUUGGCGCAGAUGGCAGGCGCUGACCGUGUAGAGGGAUGUCUCUUCGGAAAUGGUGAACGAACAGGCAAUGUUGAUUUAGUCACUUUAGCCCUGAAUCUUUACACGCAAGGGAUUCAUCCGAAUGUUGACUUCUCUAAUCUCAAUCGCGUCGUCGACACAGUAGAGAUUUGCAACAAGAUUCCUGUCCAUCCUAGAGCACCGUACGGUGGAUCUCUUGUCGUGUGUGCCUUUAGCGGCUCACACCAGGACGCUAUCAAGAAAGGGUUCAUGCAAAGGGAGCAAGAUGGCAAGACAUACGAUGACCAUUGGCAAGUGCCCUAUCUUCCCCUCGACCCGGCGGAUAUUGGUCGCACGUACGAGGCCGUCAUCCGUGUCAACUCACAGAGCGGCAAAGGUGGUGCUGCUUGGAUCGUCUUGCGCAAGCUCCAACUUGACCUUCCUAGAGGCCUACAAAUUGCGUUCAGCAAAGUGGUACAAAAGAAAGCGGAUUCGCUUGGCAGAGAACUCCUGUCGGCCGAGAUUACCGACUUAUUCGAGAGCACAUACUUCCUCCAGGAGCACCCUCGAUUCAACAUUCUCGACUAUUCUAUCUCAUUUGAUCGAUCAUCGUCUCCUGCCCCGUCGGGUGUGCAAGAUACCAGAAACCUGGCGCGUGUAUUCGAAGGUGUCGUUGCUAUCGAUGGCCAAGAAUACCAGCUCCGUGGCCGCGGUAAUGGCCCAAUUUCAUCUCUAGCAAAUGCCCUGAAGGGCGUAGGCAUUGACUUAGAUGUUGCAGACUACAAGGAACACGCCAUAGGAGGCGGCCGAGAAGUCAAGGCAGCCACGUACAUAGAAUGUACAGCUUCCGGCACAUCACAGAAAGUCUGGGGUGUUGGCAUCCAUGAAGAUGUGGUACAGAGCUCCCUCAUAGCUCUCUUGGGUGCGGCCAGCAACUUCAUCCUAAGUCGACCCGGCAGCCCCGUCGUCUCGAAACAUAUGUCGAAAGGUAGCUUUGGCGAAAGAUUCGACCUCCACGCUGCCUUAAAGGUACCACCCGCUACGAACGGAAGCACCAAGCCUCACGAUCCAUCCGCGACAGUGCAGGCCUUAGAAACUAAGGCCAAUGGGGUGUAAACCAAAAAGAAGACGACACGACAGCAAUAUGAGGGCGAUACGGUGUUAUAAAAACAAAUGGCCUAUUGUUUCGGAGCAGACCUUAUCUAAGUUGAUAAUACUGCCAUCUGUUAUAGGUCUUGCUUAACUAGGGCUCAAUUGUCGGUGUGCGUUCUGCAUUAAAAUGAGGCGCUUGAUUUACAUGGCACACAAAGACAGGUUUGCAAACAAUAGGUUUAGCUUAUCCCAUUAGCAUCCGAAAACGUGUAGGAUGGAGAAUCGAAUAAAAGUUACAGAUAUUACUUCGCACA